AUUGCCCACAGCAGACCACUUGGCAUCAAAGACGGCUGGCGGUAGGAGCUGCGGUAACCCGUUUCCAGAAUCUACUGUUCAGUUUUCUUGCCAACACCAAAUUUGGAUCAGCUUGGUGGAGAAACGAGAGGAAAACCUGAAUCUUUGCCUGAAUGGUGGAAUCCUGAUCUGAACCUCGUUCUUCCAACCGUCCUGCCAGUUGAGAGCCUUGUUGGCUUCUUUAAUAAGAAAAAACUCAAAGUGAAAGUUAUCCCGCUUGGAGCCCUUAUUUAAAAACUAGCUUAAGCAUAUUUGAAGGCUUAUCAGGGUCCAGAGGAAGUAUACAACCAAGUGAUUCUCGGCUACUCUGUGUGACAACAUGGCAAAGAAAAAUAGCCAGAAGGAUACGUCGGGGGUGGUGUUUGACACUCGCUCAAAGAUGGCCAUGUCCCAGGGAGGAACAGCUGAGAGGAUGAAGGAGAAGAUCAGUGCAGUCAGAGCAGUCGUCCCCAACAAAAGCAACAACGAGAUCGUGCUGGUGUUGCAGCAUUUUGAGAACUGCGUCGACAAAGCCGUUCAAGCUUUCUUAGAAGGUAGUGCAGUUGAGAUCUUAAAGGAGUGGAAUGUGACUGGCAAGAAGAAGCCCAAGAAGAAAAAGAAGCCCAAGCCUCAGCCGGAGGCCUCAGCAGAGCCUGCUCCACCUGAGGCCGCGUCGCCUGAGGAGGGCAAGGACGAGAUGAACGGCUUCCACGCCAACGGAUCCGCGAUGGAUGGAGAGUCGCUUGAUUCUCUGAGUGAACAGUUGGACUCUGCCUCCCUGGAUGCAGCCGAGCUGGACUCUGAACCCGCUACAUCCGAAACCACCGGUGCAGAGGCAGAAAGUCGAGGUAGCGCUCCAAGCCCCGCCUUACAGCAAGGAGCGAGGAAUCACCAGGCUCCCAGAGGCAACAAGACCCGACACCGGCCAGGCCAGAAUUCACAUCCACCCACUUCCUCAUCAGCACCCACCACUGAUGAGCAAGGCUCAUCAGGAGUCAAGAAGAUAGCUUCCAACAUCGACCGCUCUGUGAAGGACCUGCAGAGAUGCACUGCCUCGCUGACUCGCUACAGGAUGGUGGUCAAGGAGGAGAUGGACUCCUCCAUCAAGAGGAUGAAGCAGACGUUUGCUGACCUCCAGAGCUGUUUAAUGGACAGAGAAGUGACUCUACUGGGAGAAAUGGACAAAGUCAAAGCAGAGUCCAUGUUGAUUUUGGACGCCCGGCAGAAGAGAGCAGAGGAGCUCAGACGGCUGACGGACCAGUCGGCGUCCAUGUCUGAGGAGCAGCUGACUGAGCUGCGUGCAGACAUAAAGCACUUUGUAAGUGAGCGUAAAUAUGACGAGGACCUUGGGAAAGCUGUAAGGUUUACAUUUGAUCUUGAACCGCUGAAGACGAGCAUCUCGGGGUUUGGAUCAGUUUACCAUCCACGUACAGGCUACUCAAAUCGGUCCCGUUGCAGCUCCACGUCUUCUUCUGUCGCCAGCCCGAGCCUGCUGGAAACUCCUCCUCCUCCUCCCACCCAGACACAAAGCCCCCCUGCUGAAACCCGCCCUCCACCAAACAAACAGAUUUUCCAAGGCAACAGGCGCACUUUCCAGGGACAGGGGUAUCACUCGGGUGGUCAGCGGUAUAACGGCGGCUCAUACCACGACAGGAACGCCGGCCGCGCUAACCAUCGCUACCAGAGCGACGGUAGCUCUUCUGGUCCAACUUCACAGCACUCUAACAACUCAAGAGGUCCCCCCCGUUCCUCCACGUCCUCCUACAACCAAGACCGACCCUCUCAUAAUGGGCUGCCCCAAAGGCUUCCGCGGACGCAUUGCCCUUGACAUUGGAAACCCUGCGCUCAAUCGAAACCACCUACUAACCCUUGCACUCCCCUCCCCACGCCCUCCCCAUGCCCUCCACUCUCCCCUACUAACUCCUUUCAAUGAAGAAUAGAAUACCAGUUUACAUAUUUCUGUCAGUUGAGCGGUAGUGCCACCUCUCUACAUCAAUCCAUUCAUCCCUCAAACUUGAAAAGCUCUCACUGUUCUGUAAUCGCUCUUCCUUUUGCGUUUCUCCCAUCCUGGUUAAGGCAACAGCUUCUAUCUUUAGGCCCCCUUUGAGAGAUCUCAUGGCUAUGCUAUUGCCAGUCUCUGUUAUAAAUGUCUGCAGUUAAACAGUCUGCCAGAAACUGACAGGAUUACCUGCAGCAAUUUGCGCACUAUUGAAGUUGAAGUCUUAGUACUAUUUCUAUUUUUGCUGUGGCUUCUGUCAGCUCUCUGAUUUGCACCUCAGAUCUUUUUUUUUUUUUUUUUUUCCGUCUCCCAGAACCAUUUCAAUGCCUUCACCGUGGAAAGCGUAGUGAAAGUGCAAAAGUAGUUCUAGCAUUAACAAUUUUGUCAUCAGGAGAGAAGACAUGCAAUCAACACUACAGACUAUCGUUAAUCUUUGCAAGGUAAAAAUGAAACAUAUCAAACUGUAAUCCAGAGCUUUUCGUGUGGCUGCUACAAACAGUAGGGAACUUGUUAACGCUAGGACUUUGAUGUUUUUGAGUAUAACUCUGAACACAGAGGUUGCCCUCUUAAAGGAAUAGUUUGAUGUUUGGUUUGACAUCCACUCAUUGCCGAGAGCUAGAUGAGAAGAUAGACACCGCACUCGUGUCUGUACGCUAAAUAUGAAGAUAUCGCCAGCCCCCAGUUAGCUUAGCAUUGCGUAAUGACUGGAAGCAGGUGGAAACGGCUUUGUUAUCUGUCCCAUUUUAAUAAAAUGCCUACAAGCAGAACUCUAAACAUCAAUAAUGAACUCUCUAUCCUGUUUAUUUAUUGUAUGCUAAACUAAGCUAAGCUAAUCGGCUGCUGGAUGUAGCUUCAUCUUUACCGUACAGACAUGAGCGGUAGUCCAACUUCUCAUUGAUCUCUCUGCAAGAAGGUGAAUCAGCCCUUUUCCCCAAAUGUCGAACUGUUCCUUUAAAUGUUGCCUAUGGCAGUGAUGUAUCGCCCUCCCACUGGCCAGCAGGGUUUUCGCGCGUGCUGUUGCUCUCGGCUUGCUGUCCGUUAUUUUAUAACAAAGAGAGGGCUCAUUACCUUUUGUAGAAUAAUGUUAAAUGAUAUGUUGAAAGUUACAACAAAGGAAAAUGUACACAUGCUGUUUCAUAGCUACUUCUCGACGUUUAUUCAGAUGGAUUUUCUUCCACACGGACCGUUUGUUCUUCGUGUUUUGUUGUUUUAUGCACAUGAAUGGCAUAUUAAUGAUGCGCUUGCCUUUAGUCACAGAGAGACUACACACUUGCCUUUCUAGAGACAUGGAUGUCUGCAUCAUGACGGCUUUCUAAUCAGAUGGUACUUGUAGAGCAGACGUGUGACUUUAUAAAUACAGUAUAUGUGAGAAUAAGAUGCAAGAUCUUUUCUUCCCCUUUUUAUAUACUCACUUUAUCCCAUGUGUGAACAUAAAGUUGAACAAACUGAUGAAUGCAUUGGAAGGUUGUAUUGAUUUCUGAUUCUUUUUUCUAUGGCUGCCAAGUAAACGCUUCAAGGCUGUUGCCGUAGUGUCCACAGUUUGUGAACAAAAAGCUGGUGAAUACCUCAUUGCUGAUCCUUUGACACCUGUUUUCAAGCUGUUUUCUCGCAGUGGGCUCUUCGUAAGGGACGGGGACCCCUGGUGACUCCUCGUCUCUUAUCUUCUUGUAGUUAUGUACAUACAGUUUGUGGAGCUGGAAAGGCUGUAGUGUAAAAGUGGUUGUUACAUUAUUGCUGCAUCUUCUUAAUCAUGUGCUGUCUUCCCUGGAGCAGACUUUUUGGGAAAAAAAGUUGAAAAUAUUUUGUUCUUUCUCCCCCCUUUUCUUUCCUUGUGUGUUUUCUGAUCAUAGGGAGAUUUUUGUUAUUAUUUGAGAUUAGAAAAAAAAAACUUUACUCACAGCAAUUAUAUUGGUGGACGUUGUGGAGAAAAGAAUUAACUUGUGUGCAGUCUUUGGUAAAUAUGUGCCAUAAUGACAGAAAAAAACACCUUUUGACGGACAGGAUUAGUUUGAAAUUUUGGGAAAUUUGCUCAUUCAUUUUCUCGCUGUUUGAAAACACUUCCGAUAAAGCAUAAAUCUAACCUUUGCGUUGCUAGUUUAAGUUGAGGGGUGAGGCUCAAUGUUAGCGCUGUUCUCACCACCAGUUGCAGUAGGUGUUUUCUGGCAUCAGGGGGCAGUAAUGAGCCCAUUACGGCGUGGUGCACUAGAGUGAGGCGAAGAAUACGCGGCACUAGAACAAUUAAUUGAAUAAGAGACACGAAUGUGAGAUUAAUGGUUUAUCAGAAGUAUUUUUCGGUUUUAGAGGAGAAAAACUUCAAGCCUAAAUUGUUGUUUUGGCAAAUAUACGUCCGAUUAGCUGUCCAACUUUCUAUAAUAGGCUGCUCACACUUGCUUCUUUUAGCGUUUCUGUGAAGCUAAUCUCUAUAAACAGAUAUCUACCGAGAUCAACGCACAAUCCGUAGCCAAGAGACAACAUUUUGGUAGCCGAAAUGUUCUGACUUCCGUUUCUCAUUCGAGUUGUACUGGCCAAUCAUGUUUGAGCAGGGUUUGGUUGCAUGCAAGGAAACAGUCCGUGUGGAGAGCAAAACAGGCGGAGCCCACUGGCCGAAAUGCAGCCUUGUAACCCAUCGGUUAGCGUUUGACGACAGGUUAGCUUUUUCCAAUUAUCGACAUUCAUAUGCAGCUAUCUGUGUAUAGAGAUUAGCCUUCUCUCAAUUUCAACUCUAUUCUUGGCCUGGAGAUCAGUUAUCAACACCUACACCUGAAGCUCCGGAACAUUGACCGUUGCCCCUGAGAUUAGUUCCGAGGUGGCUGUAGAAUCAUCCGAGACAACGGAGCUGUUUCCGGUCUUAAUGUAACUAAAUCCACAUACCAGCUCUUCUUAAGUGUCGCUAAUUAACACAUAUCUCUUUUCUUCACUGCGUACAAAAGUGUUAAAACAAUUCGCCAUUUACCGGAGGUUAUUAUGUGUUGCAGUAUUUCUUGGCCGCAAUCAGUAACUUCCUGGAGUCUCCGCUGGUUGCCUGGUAACUGUUCAGAGCCAAGAAAUAGUACGGCUCAAAACUCUGUUAAAGGGCAAGUUGUCACUUUAAUACUUCGGCUUUCAUACAGAUUUAACAAAGAAAGAUACAAUGUGUUAAUUAGUGAGUCUUAGAGGUGCUGGGACCCAGAUGUUGCUACUGUUGGACAGAACCAGGCUGACUGCGUCCCUCUGUUUCCAGUCUUAAAGCUAAGCUAAGAUAACCGGCGGCUGAAAUUUCCUGAAAUGUCAAACUACUCCUAAGUUCUUUCAGUGGUGGUGACUUCGUUAUUGGCCCACAUUGUUGAGGAAAAUGACCCAAAUUGUACUUUUUUCCUCAGUUCUCUGCGAAAUGUUGUUGGGCUGCAGUUUGAUGAAUUGAUCCAAGCUGCAGGACAGAUGAUAAACUAAUCAUCGCUUUUUGUUCCAGCAUAACCUCAGCUUUAGAGGUGCUGGACUCAACGAACGUACAUUUCUCAUCCGAGAUUUUCUGUCCCACUUGAACCACUUUUUUUUUUUGGUUUUACAUUCCAAACUGUAGGAAUAUUAGGUUAUCGCCAAAGAAAUGAUUUCGUCCUGUUUGAAGUUGCUGCCUUUUUAUUUCUUUCCUCUGCCUGUAAAGAAUUCCAAAGGGGAUAAAUCCAACACUUCAACCCCUUCCUCGUCUUCCCACCCCACUUUAUUUUCCUCUCCUUCCUGUACAUACAUAUAUGUAGCUAUAUAAUUUUGUGCUCACAUGGGGCAUUUUGUAUGUGAUAUUCAUAUUAGUCAUAAUGGAGGUUAAACCAUCUAGUUCAUUCAUUCUUCCAGUAGACCCUGUGCUCUUCUUCUCAAGACAACCUUUCUGAGACAACCAUAAACUCAAGUGCCUUUUCUUGUCUCCCACCGAUUCCCAAACAUCCCCUUCAACAAAAUAUGGACCAAAGACAUCAACCGUCCCCAGCACCCCUCCCCGCUCUUUCUCCCACUCACUGAAUUGCACACUUUUCAUUUACUACGAAUAAACAGUUUGCAA